CCUGGAAAUCACGUUCAAUUCUCAGGCAAGAUGAAGUUCUCUGCCGUUGCUGCCGCCAUUCCGGCGCUCGCUGGCGUUGCCAACGCUUUCUACACCAAGGAAGACUAUGUCUCGGGUAAAGUGCACAGCGACAUUAUGGAGGAGAAGAUGAGGCAGUGGCACGAACACGAGGUUGCCGGCGACUACCAGAGUGCAAAGUGGUCUGGCUUCGAUAAAUGGUCCAGCGGCAAGGGAAAGUCAGUGAAGUGCCGCAACGGGCUGGCAGUCGCCAAGGAGGGUGACCCACUCCAGACAUUCCGCUGCAAGGACACGGAUCUGUACGACUUCAAGUCACACGCCGAGCUUGGUGGCAACGACAGCUCCGGUUCUGGCUCUUGGGGUUGGACCUUUGGUCGUCGCGAGUUCGCCGCUAUUGGACAAUCAGAUGGUGUGGCUUUCGCUGAAGUCACCAGAGAUGGCAAGCUGGAAUAUCUUGGACGCCUGCCCCAGCAACACACUGCUCUUCCAUCGCAAUGGCGUGAGCUGAAGACCAAUGGCAACUACUUGGUUGUCGGAUCCGAGGCUGUGAACCAUGGAGUGCAAUUCUUCGAUAUGCGCAAGCUGCUCACUCUGAGCCCCCGUCGGCCAAAGACCUUCGACACCCGUACAGACCUCACUGGAUGGUUCAACGAGCUCCCAGCUGGUCGAUCGCACAAUGUUGUCGUCAACGAGGAGCUGAACUAUGUCGUUGCCGUCGGUGCUCAGCCAAGAAACGAUUCUUGUGCGGCCGGCUUGAUCUUCAUCGAUGUGAAGGACCCAAAGAACCCAAAGAAGACUGGCUGCGCGCCUCAGGAUGGUUACAUCCACGACGCUCAAUGCAUUGUCUACCGCGGUCCAGACAAGAAAUACAACGGAAAAGACGAAGAUACGCUCACGAUAUACUUAGUCGAAAACAAGAACGGCGGCAAUGCCAGCACAGUCAUUUCAAGGACGCCAUACAAGGGCGCGAGCUACACUCACCAAGGCUGGGUCAUCGACCCCAACUGGCAGACUCACUUGAUCAUGGACGACGAACUUGACGAGGGUCUCCGCCCAGACCGUGCCAGCCCAGAGUCCCCAGCGCUCGAUGGCUUCCCAGUCACUUAUAUCUUCAAUAUCGAAUCACUUGAGAAACCGGUGAAUACCGGAUUUUACAAGAGCGGCGUCCGCAGCAUCGACCACAACCAAUAUAUCUACGAUGGCUUGGCAUACCAGUCCAAUUACGGCGCUGGACUUCGUGUCCUCGAUAUCUCAUCGAUCCCAGAGAAGGAGGAUGGAUCCGAGAUCGAGGAGGUUGCAUUCUUCGACAUCUACCCAGAGGACGACAACGAGCCAGGUGGUGGCAACGCCACUUUCGUCGGAACCUGGAACCACUACACGUACCCAUCCGGCUACGUCGUUGUCAAUACCAUCGAGCGUGGAGCUUUCGUUGUGAAGCUCAGCAAGUUCCGUGGUCGUGGAAAGGGCAAGCGCUACGUGCGCCGUGGUCAGCUUUAGAUUCGCACGAAGUGUGCACUCAUGAUAUAUGAUCUCCAUCAAUCAAUGAGUUGAAACUUUCAGCUUUCUUCUCCCAAGGUGGCAGUGCCUCUUGUCCUAUUCAUCGAGAGUGAAGUCUCCAGAUCGUCGAUCGCGUGCCCACGAAUGCAACAAUCAGGGUCUCUUCCAAGUCUCCAAUCCCCAUC